UUAGUGAUAAUGAGGUGAAAGUGAGAGAUGCGGAGAUGGGUAGAGAGCGCGCCGAAAGAAUCCUCAACGAGGGGGCCAACAUUCCGGUCAACCUCAAGCAGACGGGCCGCCUCCCACCAUGGUACGAUCCGCAAAAGUUCAAAAAAGGGCAAGAAUUCUUCCAUCAAAAUUACUUCGCUUUAUUCGUAUCAAAACUGGCCGGGCUGAUCGUUGUUUUGGCAAUCGCAAGUAUUCUGCGGGUUCUUAAAAUGUCACGCAAGUCUGGCGACAAGAUAACUGCGUACAAGAGGUACAUGGCCACCAUUCAUCACAUGCUCAUGUGGUAUGACGGUGACCUCGAGGACCCUCAGUCAAGGGCUCACAAAUCCUUGAUUAUGGUGCGAGGGUUCCACUGCGCAGCUAGCAACAAAGCGAACGGCGUAGGCUUCGGGCAUAUUUCGCAAAAAGACAUGGCUCUCACACAAUUCGGAUUCAUGGGUUUCAGUCUUCUCAACUUCAAACUCCUCGGGCUUAAAGGGACAAGUGAUCAGAUCGACGGCUUCGUCCACUUUUGGAGAACCAUUGGCUAUUUAAUGGGGAUCAACGAUAAGUUCAAUCUAUGCGACGGGAACCCUGACGAAACCGAAGAGGCCUGCCGGAUCGUCCUGGAACGAGCCUUCGUCCCCGGCCUGGCGCGCGACGACCCCGACUUCAUCCACUUCUCGACGGCGCUGAUGGAAGGGAUGCGGCCGGUGGUCCCCAUCCUGGACGCCGGCGCUUUCAUGGCUUUCACCCGGCAUCUCUGCGGCAUGAAGCACGAGCCCUGCCUGGACAACUUCGCCAGCCGCGCCCUCUACAACUACCAGCUCUUCGCCCAUAAGGUUCUCCUCUCCACCCCGGUCGUCUCCGAACUCUUCAGGCCGCUGCUCAACUUCUUGAUGUGGUUCGGGCUGUUCGUCUGCAAGCGAUGGCCCAUGGUCACCACCCUGCAUUUCGGACGCAAGGUCGUCGUGCUGGAGGAUGAGGACUUCGAGGCUAAACCCAAGAUGGCCCCCUGCCCGCUCUCUUCGCAAGGUUGAAAGCCUUCCCGAGUAUCGAUUGAUUUCCCAUUUGGACCGAGUGGAACAGAAAGGAACCAAGCCACAUAAGCUGUUGUCAAGUUUAACUGGGCAAUUAAAUUUUUUACGAGAGAACGUUCGUCCGGAUUUCUUUGAAAAUUUUAA